GUCCGCGACAGAGAAGCGCAGGGUCCCGUGGUGAGCGCUGCAGAGCCGUGUAGUGUGUGUCAGGUUUCAUUCUGAGAGAGACUCAAGCGCGCAGCAGUCAGACAAACCCGUCAAAUGGCACGACCGAAACACACGGACUCCCACUAGAGCCGGAGCUCACUCAACCAUUAUCUCCAUGCACUUGAAUGAGCGGCAUGCCUCAGUUGAGGUCGUUUUGAAGAUUGAUAUUUUCACGUGAAAAGCGGUUUAAUUGCCUGACAGGAGAACUUUAAUCAGUUUAUCUGAGCACGACCCCGUCCAGCGUGGAUAAACAUCAAAUUGCCUACACAGGUCUCACAGACAUGGAGGACAUGAAAUUGCGAGUAUCACCUCAGUCCAGUCGGGACAGGACCUGCGUUCAGCAUCCUUGCCAAAAGCGUCUUUUGACGAACUGGAAGGACGUGUGUGCAAUCUGCGUGUGUUUGAUCUCGUUCGGAGUUUGUGUGUUGCUUUACCUGAGGACGUCAGAUCUGCAGUCCAGGGUGCUCAGUUUGGAAAAGGACAGAGAUCCUAGUAUCUCCAGUUGGAUCUCGCUGGAACAGGUGGAGCCCGUCCUGUGGAGUCGGCUGGAUCAGAUAUUAGAGGAGAAAUUAGCUGCACGUCUACCGAAGAUCCGAGCGGCUCGGGAUGCACCUCACAGCUGCAUCUGUCCACCAGGUACGUCUGUUAACUUCAUUCAUCCACAGCUCACCCCUCCUUGAUCUCUACACACCUGUAAUAGUGUGCUCCGCCUGUUACGUUUGAUAUGCAGUUGACUGUAUGUUGCGGUUAAGCCAUUUGAGCUUUCCUUCUGCGAACAGUCUUUUAUCUGCAGGCAUGUGAAGAGAUACUAUUGUUGCCAGGAUAGAGAUGUGACUGACUAGAUCUCAUUUCCCAUGUAAUGUAAAUGAGUAAAAAGAGUCUCCUCUUCCUGACCCAUUCACUGGUGCCCUCGGAUUGGCAUUGCUGUGAUGACAGGUGCAGUCGUAUUUUCGGGUGCUGUUGGCAGUCAUUGCUUUCACUUUGUGCUUGAGCGGGUCGUGAUGCAAGCCGGGGUGUUGGGAUGGCGUCAUAUGGCCGCUCCUGAGUGCAGAGAACAGUCAACAGGGUUCACAGCAUAUGACUAACAAGUCACAUCCGUUUGUCUGACAGGAAUAACCUGUUAACUCUUUCGAGGUAACAUUUUUUGAAUUCUA